AUUUGCAGCAACCUACACAUUUCUUUUUCCAAUUUUGCUACCUCGAAUCACGCCCGGUUGCUGAUCGUGACCAUUUGCUAGCUUAAGUGAACUAGGUCCUCUGUGGGAGUGACUCGGGCGAGGUGAGGCAGUUUGCGUCAGACGGUGUUUUCAACUGCACUUCGGUACCAGACAAAGCGAACCACCAUAAUUGCGGUUAGUGGAUUGAAGUGGUAGUAAGAGCUGCAGAUAUGGCCAAACCAAAAGUGUUGCUCUUGGGCGAAAUCCAACACGCAGGCGCAGUCUGGGAGAAAUCGGUCGCGUCGAUCGCGGACGUUCUGGAACCGAACUCGACGAACCGAGCCGAGUUCCUCGAGGAGUGCAAAAGCGGACGAUUCGAUGGUGUCGUGGCCGCCUAUCGAACCUUCGACAGCGUCGCGGUCACUGGGAUGAUCGACCAGGAGCUGGUUGCGGUGUUACCGAAGAGCUUAAAGUUCCUCAGUCACAAUGGGGCGGGAUACGAUCAGGUGGAUGUCCACGCUUGCUCUGAGCGGGACCCUCCAAUAUUGGUCUCUAAUACCCCCACCGCCGUCAAUGAUGCCACCGCCGACGUAAACAUGUUCUUGAUCAUCGGGGCACUGCGUGGUUUCAAUACCUCGAUGCUUGCUCUUCGCGAUGGCAAAUGGAGGGGCUCCCCGCUUCCACCCCUCGGUCAAGAUCCGCAAGGAAAGGUGCUAGGAAUCCUCGGCAUGGGUGGCAUCGGACGGAACCUGAAGAAGAAAGCCGAAGCGUUUGAGAUGAAAGUCAUCUAUCACAAUCGCCGGAAGUUGGACGCGGAGCUGUGUGGAGGUGCUGAGUACGUGAGUUUUGACGAGCUGCUGGCCAAGAGCGAUGUGUUGAGCUUGAAUUUGCCGUUGAAUAAACACACCCGCCAUAUCAUCUCUGACGCCGAAUUCGCCAAAAUGAAGCAAGGAGUGGUCAUCGUGAACACCGCGCGAGGAGCAGUGAUCGAUGAAGCCGCUCUAGUGCGUGCGCUCGAUUCUGGUCGGGUACGGAGCUGCGGAUUAGAUGUCUACGAAGAGGAGCCGAAAAUCCACCCGGGUCUUGUGGCCAAUCCAAAUGUGAUGCUUGUGCCGCAUAUGGGAACUUGGACUGUCGAAACCCAGACUGCAAUGGAGGAAUGGAACAUCGGCAACGUCCAAGCUGCGAUUGAGAAGGGGAAAUUGAACAGCAUCGUCCCUGAACAGGAAGGGAUGGCAUAAUUCAGAGAGCCGACGCGAGAUGACAAUGACGGGAAUAGAGAACAAAAUCCAUUGACUUUCUUACAGCGUUCCUAGGACCGGUUGAGCAGGGAAAGGCGUAGGGGUGAAAAUCAAUAUGCUUAUUGGAUCGAGAUAGAAUACGAUAGAAUCUUCC